AUGAUCUUUGCUGAUUAUCUACUGGUGAUCCUUUUAAGGAGUUGUGGAGGAGACUUUGGAAGACCAAAGUGCCAAGCAAGGUCCAGAUUUGCUUUUGGAGGGCUUGUAACAACCUGCUUCCCACAAGAGAAAGGCUACUCACUAAAGGGUAUAUGGGGGAUGUUCAUUGCCUUCUAUUCAAUCAUGGGUGAGAAGACACUGCUCACUUAUUCGAAUGCCCGUAAACCGGCUGUGCCGAACCUACCAAGAGCAGUACAGCACUGGCAGGCUGCUGAUACACUGAAAUUAAAUGUUGAUGGUGCUUACUUGCCACAGGGAACACGAGGUGGUGUAGGUGGUGUCCUGUGUGACUCAAAUGGCCAGUUCAGGGCUGCCUUUAGUAAGCCGGUAUGCCAUGUUAGCUCUGCACAGCAUACUGAGUUGCUAGCCAUCAAAGUAGGGCUAGACUUGGUCCAACAUAUGCAGCUACAGAAUAUCAUAAUUGAAAUGGAUUGCCUACAAGCUGUAACUGACAUUACAAGCUUAGCUCCCAUUUGUCUUCGCUAGGCAGUGUACUUGAUGACAUUCAGUUUGCAAUGCGGGGCAUUCAAGGAGUCCAAAUCAGUUUUCCCCCACGUUCUUGUAAUAGAGUAGUACAUAGAUUGGCUAAUAUUGCCUAUGAGUCUGGACAAGGAGAGAUGUGGUUUGACCAUAUACCAAGCUGCAUUCUUGACAUUAUGCAGCAAGAUUGUAACCCUUCUUGAUCUUAUUAAUUAAUAA